UGCGUUACCCGCGUGGCACCCACGCUCCUCCAAUCAGAUUCAAUUCCACUGGUCUCCUCAGAACUCAGUUUUCCAUUCUCUCUCUCCCUCUCUCUCUACAGUUUUGAGAGAGAAAGAGAUACAGAGGGGAGAGAGAGGGGCUUUUAAAAUCCCUAGAUUGAGAAAUGGAUACAAAAUCCUUGAAAAUCCUUUAGAAGUUCAUGCAAUUGUCCAUUUUCUAUGUCAGUCAGAGAGAGAGAGGCAGAUGAUCUUAAAAUCUUUGAGAAUUUGAAGGUUGGACGUUGAUGAAGUGGGGGGAGCGAAGUGAUCGCGUAUGGAGCAAUGGAAUUCUGAGAGUUUGCGCGAGUCUAGUACUGCUACUGUUCAUCCACCCCAUCUCCUCCCUGAUUUCCAUGGAAGCUCUGAACUCAUGGAACACUUGCCCUCUGAAACUAGGUAUAACAAGAGGGCAGAAUCAGAUGUUAAGGACUCAAUUACUGCAAGGAAAGUUCAAAAGGCAGACCGUGAAAAACUGAGAAGGGAUCGAUUGAAUGAGCAGUUUCUUGAGUUGGGAAGUGCACUAGAUCCAGAUCGUCCCAAGAAUGACAAGGCAACUAUUCUUGCCGAUACCAUCCAAAUGUUGAAGGAUUUGACUUCUCAAGUAAACAAGUUCAAAUCUGAAUAUCACUCACUCUCAGAAGAAUCGCAUGAGCUUUUACAGGAGAAGAAUGAGCUCAGAGAAGAGAAAGCAACACUGAAGUCUGAUAUCGAAAGUCUUCAGUUUCAGUACCAACAAAGAGUCAGAGUGAUAUUCCCUUGGGCCAGCAUGGACCCAUCAAUGGUUAUGGGAGCUCCAUCGCCCUUUCCAUAUCCAAUGCCAGUUCCCAUUCCUCCAGGUCACCACAUUCCUUUGCACCCUUCGCUUCAACCAUUUCCAUUCUUUGGGAAUCAGAAUCCAGAAUCCAUUCCAAACCCGUAUUUAGCUUUCCCACCAUAUCCAGCUCCUGCUAAUUCGCAUGUUGAGCGCCCAUCUGCUCAAUAUGGUACACCCCCACUGUCACACCCGAGCACAACGCGGUUCAGCCAGCAAGAGCCCAGAUCCAAAUUAUCGAAUUCUCAGCAAGGAAGCAAUGCAAAUAGGAGCCAGGAUUCAAAUGAGAUUGGAACAGAGUUGGAGCUCAAGACUCCUGGAAGUGAUCCAAAUCCGGAGAUGUCUGAAGAGAGGGAAAAAAGUAAACAGGGCUUGUCACAAUGUGUUAUUGAAAAGAGUUGUUCUAGUAAGUGUUCCUCUCAUGGUUUGCAAGGCAGCACCUCAAACAGCCUAGGUGAAGGGUCAGUCUCCGAUGAUUGAAGACCCUCAAUGUUAAGGUGUUAUUGCAAAGAGAAGCUUGAUGUUCCUUAGUUGCCAUGUUUCCUGUAUAUAAAUAUAACAACAUCAACAUUUGGAUGAAGCUUGAGUUCAAAUGGCCCUGCAUUGUCCUUAUUGUUGACACGAAUUACACAUUGCGAGAGAAAUCUGAGAAUGCUAUGCCUUUUGGCAUGCUGUCACAGUGGUAGGGAUAUUGGAGCUGUGGACCUACUUACCAUUCCUUGGUGUUGGUUGCUUUGGCUAUGUUUAGGAAAAGGUUUGGGGGUUACAAUUAUCUAUAAUCCAUCAUCAUCAACAGGCGGUGAAGAUGAAUCAAUUCCCUGCUGUCAUAAUGGUAGAACUUUAAGUGCCACAAAGGAUCAUCUCUACUCACCAAAUUUAUUUUGGUCAAAUUCUGAAGGCCAUAAAAGAAUGAGAUGAGGGUAUGUACCAAUUAUACAUUUUGAAUGGCACCAAUCAAUCCACUCUGGAAUCUAAAA